GUUCAGGGAACUUGUUUUUCCACUUUCUCACCGUCCCUCUUGCGCUCUCUUUCUCUUUCUCCAUUCACUGAGCUCCGGUGCAGACUGCAGACUCGAUCUCCGACCCCACCUCCUUCUCCUAAUCAAACCAACUAUCACCAAUCUACCACAGACCCCACCUCCUUCUCCUAAUCAAACCAACUAUCACCAAUCUACCACAGACCCCACAUCCUUCUCCUAAUCAAACCAACUAUCACCAAUCUACCACAGACCCCACCUCCUUCUCCUAAUCAAACCAACUAUCACCAAUCUACCACAAUGGCUGGUCGAGGCAGUGUGAGAGCCAGUGGAAACUUCAACGCCAACCAAGAUGCAGAGACACUCUACAAGGCCAUGAAGGGACUGGGAACUGAUGAAGAUUCCAUCAUGAAGUUGUUGACGUCCCGUAGCAACAGCCAGAGACAGCAGAUCAAAGCUGCAUACAAGACCCUGCACGGCAAGGACCUGGUAGGUGAUCUGAAGGGUGAACUGGGGGGAAAGUUUGAGACUCUGGUGGUGGCUCUGAUGACUCCGCCCAUCCUCUACGAUGUGACAUCACUACGGAACGCCAUCAAGGUAUUUGACCCGGAUCUAGUGAUGUCAUAUCCUGUGAGUGAUGGUUACCUGUAGAUGGCCAAGCUGC